GCAGAAACGGAGUCGGAGCUGAACUCAGCACACAUUUUACGGAGGGCUGUCGGCACCGGACUCGCUACGGACGAGUUUGAAUAAGCGCCUUUAUUAAUCUGAACCACCCGAGACUCAAAGAGGACACACCGGGGAGCAGCACGGAGCGGACUGGGGGCACAUGGAAACGCUAUGCAGCUGGAAAUACGGCGGCGGAUUUGAUCAUAGUUUCACCCGAGAAGAAGCGAAGUGAGCUGCGAGACAAACAUGCUCGCCCCGAUGCUGGCCUCCCUGCUGCCUCUUCUCCUUCUCUGUCGGCUUUCUUUCUGCCAAUACUCAAGCGACCAGUGCAGCUGGAAGGGCAGCGGCCUGACUCAUGAAGGCCACGCUAGGGACGUGGAGCAGGUGUACUUACGUUGCUCCCAAGGCUCUCUGGAGUGGCUCUAUCCCACGGGGGCCAUAAUUGUCAACCUCCGACCCAACACGGUCUCCCCCGCAGCCGCCCGCCUCUCUGUCUGUAUCAGACCGUCCGCGGACUCCAGUGGCACCAACUUCUACCUGGACCGUAAUGGCAAGCUGCGGUUACUGUUGCGUGAACAGGACCAAGCUCAGAGGAAGGUGCAGUGCUUCAGUAUCCAGGAGGGGGCGCUCUUCAUUGAGGCCAUCCCGCAUAUGGACAUCAGCCGCCGGCUCACAGCGUUCCAGUAUGAGCUGGUCAGCAACAGGCUGGGACCACUGGGUGCACCCUGUCAGCCCUGCAGCGAUGCAGAGAUGCUUCUAGCAGUCUGCACCAAUGACUUUGUGGCACGGGGCAGCAUUAAGAAGGUGGAGCAGGAGGAGGAGCACUCGUCUGUCACUGUGGAGAUCAGCCGCCUCUACAGACAGAAGACCCAGGUCUUUGUAUCUGGAGGUGUGAGGGUACGCCACUGGACUGGCCACAUCAAGAUGCCCCUUAAGUGUGGGGUGAGGUCUGGUGAGGGUGAGUUCCUCUUUACAGGGACGGUGAGGUUUGGGGAGGCCUGGAUGGGAUGUGCUCCACGUUACAAAGACUUCCUGCGGUUGUAUCAUGAGGCGCAGCAGCAGGGGACCAACCCCUGUCACGUGGACACUGACUGAGUGUGUUUCCUGCCCGCACUUGGAAGUAAGACAAGUCCUCACUGGUUGGGGAGGAGAGGUGAACCAAGUGUUCAAGCUAAGGGUGAGAAAGAAACUGACGGACUGUCCCUGUAGCAGAGCCUCCCUCCUCUCCUGCUGUCUUGUGACUCUCUGGAGAUGAAUCAUUGAGCUCCUGAAUGUAGCCAAGCAGCAUGCUGGAUGGACUCAAAGUUGAGCGUGAUGCAUCGUGGAAUGUGUUCAGACUGCCUUUCUUGCAGACAAGGAACUCGCAGGUUUUAAAUGUAGCAAACCCCAUUUGGUUUUUGAUGUGUAUAAAAUGUGAAUGACUAUUGUAUAUUUUGAAGCUCUGCUUUGUAAAAAGCUUGAUGUACAGUUCUGAAGUUAUUUCUUAUGACAGAAAUGUAAAAAGUGAAAGCCUCUUAUUUUUAUUUUAUAUAAAAAAAUGAUUUGCAAUUUAAUGCCUGAAUUCAUGUUUUUGUUUUUCUGGCCUGACAGUUAGAAAAUAAAAUAAAAAAUAAACGAAAAUGAACCAAAAAAAGCUACAUUUGUUUUGUGCCCUUGAGAAUAAAAGCUUUUAUUCCCUGGAA